AGAAAAUCAUAUUUCUGAAGUUAUCGUAUCUCAUAAUACCAACUAUCUAUCAAUAUGAGAUUUCUGACGAUCUUUGUUCAUUGCUGUGUUUUAGCAUAUUGCAUGGCUUUAGACGUGAAAAAUCCGAAUCCUUUACCAGAAUGUCAAAUGAAAAAUGUUCCAAUUAAGAAUCCUGAAUAUUGCCAAGUUACAACCCCGACUAAUUACUGCCCAACGAAAAAAUGCAGAAUCAAAAUUACAAAAGGUUUUUUGUCAACUGAUCCACCGACUGAAGUCGACUUGAUUGGAGGUAUUUACGAGGCAGUUGACGAGUGCGAGGUAUACAAUAAGAGAUGCAGUUUAUGGGUUAAAGAUUGUACAUGUCAAGCGAGAGUCAAGAUGAUAUGGAGGAAAGCCAAAAUUCAAACCAAAAUUUCCAGAGAACCAGCAGAAAGAUACGUCCGCAUCAGGAUUCCAGAUGGUUGCAUUUGUGCUAAAAAGACUGUCAUACUGGAUGACAAGAUAUUCAAGUUUCCAAAUUAAUAUGAAGCAAUCUACAUCAAAAGAGAUUAUCAUCGCAACAAAAUAGUUAUUUGAUCAUCAUCAUUAUCUGUUUUUUUCCAUAUAUUCAAAAGAGAAUUGGACUACAAAAACUACAUUUUAUUUUUAUUUUUCAUUUAUCAUCUUUUGCUGCAAUUUCCA